AUGGAGCUGCAUUCAGCAAUCUAUGCCAGCACGACCCGACGCACGGCCGAAGAUGAGGAAGUGGACGUGGCAGAUGUCCUCAAAAACUUGACGGCAGAGAGGUAUCGAGAAUGGCCAAAUGACGCCGGGUUUGAAGGUCUAACCGAGCAUCGAGGUCCCAUCGAGUUGAGUGUUCAAGGUCACAUCCCAAUUUGGACCACCGGCGUUCUGUACCGGACCGGCCCCGGCGCCCGCACCGUCAACGAUACCGGGCCGGACACGUUCGACAUAUCCCACUGGUUCGACGGGCUCGCCCAUACUCACAAGUUCGAGAUCUUCGAGGACAAGGGAAAAGUUAGGGUCCAAUACUCGUCUCGUCGCCAAUCGGACCAGAUCGUCAAGGACAUUCAAGCCUGGGGCAGGUUUCCCGCCAUUUCGUUUGGCCAACGCAGCGACCCGUGUAUGGGAUUGUUCUCAAAAUUUAUGAGCAUUUUCUACCGAAAGGAGCGCCUGGACAACAUUGCCGUGACGGUUCAAGCCGAGGUACCCGCGCUUCAGGGACUCGCCAAAGUCAGGGACACCUCUGCCUCGGACGUCGGCCAGGGACAUCGGGCUGGCCCUGGGCCGGUAUUCCUCGGCACUGACACGGCUUGGCUUUCUGAGAUUGACCCCGAGACUAUGCAGCCGUACGAGCCUGUCCACCCAAAGCUUCUACAUCCCGCGCUGAAGGGGUCCGUGGGUGUCGCGCAUGCCGUGGUUGACCCGGAGACCAACGACUAUUUCAGCGUCAACAUGGAUGUGGGACUCUCGGCCACCUAUCGCAUCUUCCAUGUUAGCGCCUCAACUAGGCAGACCACUAUCCUCGCCACAAUCCAGGAGAAGCCCGCCUAUAUUCACAGUUUCUUCUUGACACGCGGGUAUGUCGUGCUCUGCAUCCCAGUCUCGCAAUACGAUGGUCUCCGGGCCACAUGGGAGGGCUCCCUGCUGGGAGGGCUCCACGAAUUUAAUGAGAACGAGCCCUGCAAAUGGUUCGUCGUGGACCGGCACCAGGGUAGAGGUUUGGUCGGCGUGUUCCACUCGCCGGCCGCCUUCUUCUUCCACUCCGUCAACGCCUUUGAGGAGGAAAAUGGCGACAUCAUCUGCGAGCUUAUCCGGUACCAAACUACAGACAUCCUUUUUGGCAUGUACUACGAUGUACUUCUAAACCGCAACGGCGAGGCGAAGGAAUUCUGGGCGAACCGGCAAACCGCUGCAAGGAGACAACUGCAUCUCGCACGUUACAGGCUGCACAGUAAGGAAUUCAGAUCACAAGAGAACUACACGCGAGGAUCAGUCCCGUUGGCUGAACUGGAAUUGGAACUUCCUGGUCCUCACGCUGGCGAGAUGCCAACCAUCAACCCAGCCUACAUGUGCCGGAAGCAUCGUUAUGUCUACUGUUUGCUCAGCCGUGGCCUCAGCACCCUCUUUGAUUCGAUCGCCAAGAUAAACACGGACAACCGGCAAGUGGUGAGUUGGUCAGGAGGGGUUGGCCACAGCCCCGGGGAAGCCAUAUUCAUUGCACGCCCCCCCAAGGGGGAUGGAAGUCGGCCCGAAGAAGCCAUGACCGAGGAAGAUGAUGGCGUCCUGCUCAGCGUGGUACUUGACGGUCACCAGAGGAGCAGCUACUUGGUCUGUCUCGAUGCCAAGACAAUGACGGAGCUCGGGAGGGCUGAGUGCGGUUUUGCUGUUGGAUUCGGCUUCCACGGCCAGCAUCUGCGGAGCGAUAGGAAGAGAAAGAGUGUCUAA